GGCCAGUGCUCGCGUGCUCGCCUCUAAUCCUUCACCUGGCUCCAGAACCGCAACGCCUGCUUCGUGUGGAGAUCCAGGCCCGUAAGCAUCUUUGCAUUAGAGACACACACACACUUUCCCUCGGGCAGCGUUAAUGGGAUUACAGAGGUUCACCCAGUGCUGCCAUCGAAGCUGUGAGCCAGCGGAAUAUCAGCUUUCCCUCAGAACCAACGGCCAGCUUAGAAGCAGUCCAAUCUCACAACCAGCAGCACUGACUAGUCACCAUCAGCUCCGUCCCAGUACUAACCUGGUUCAUGUGCUGAAGCUGUGACCCAGUUCUAAGUGAGGUGAGUGGGUCAGUCGGGCCAACGUCGUCAGGAUUCCUCCAUGUGGAUCCAGAUUUAGCAGCUUCGCCUCAGGAUGUCUAUGCUCAGAUUACCUGAGGAUCGGGCCACACAUAACUUACUUGAAGACACAAAGCUGUUGUUGACCCAGGCUCGCCACCUUUCUACCAACAGGCCAGUCAAACCCAACUUUGGCUCGCUAGCAUUUCCCACCCUCCCUGUGGCUCCUAAAUGCACCAACAUUUCCAUAUUCAGGCCAAACGUUGCGUAAAAUAUUUGCUUUCAGUUCUUUGCUAAUGUUAGCUUCAAACAAAUCCUAAACGCAGUUAAAAAAGUUGACAACAAACUCAUGAUAACUGUGAAAAUUACUGCUGAGUGCAGCUGUUCCGGCGCCUGCUCAGCGAAACUGGACGGGCCUCCACCCAGAACCAGCAUCACACUGACAGGCCCAGUUCUGCAGCUGUUAUGAAACAGUAGAUGUAGGUGAGAUCGGCCUGAGCUGCCUGAAUGUCUGAGGCCGAGAUUAGGACAGUGUGUGUGUGUGUGGGGGGGGGUAAGGGAUGCUGAAGCAGCACUAUCUGCCACAACAAUACGUGGGAACACAUACACACACACCACACACACACACACACACACACACACUGUACUGAUCCUCAGAACAGCGUGAACCUGAACACAAACACCUGGAGGUUUGUUUAAAAUCACAUUGUAACAGUUUCAUUCAGGUCCUUGAAUCUUUGUUUUACACAAAUACUUCACAGUAUCAACGUUGUUUAUUACCUGUUCAGUCUAAUUCACCAGGUUCAGUCUUCUAUCAUUGAGGUGUAGGGAUAUAGGCCAGAAAUGUUGAGAGAAACAAUGAGCUUAAAGCAGAGUUAACCGGGAGAGUCCUUGAUGCCGAUCAUCAUAAGAGUGUGAUUAUCAGUUACGGGCAGUACGUGGAUCCUGGGGUGAAGUGGAGCAGUGGCCUACAUCUGUCACUGUCCAGAUCAAUAAAGAUGACACAACAAGUCAAUCCCCUGCUCAGACCGCUGAUGCUGCGUGAUGAUUGGCUCAUCCUGUGGGUCAGACCCCCCCCCCAACAGAUAAAUGAUACCACAGACCCCUCCGAGUCUCAGUCGCCGCCUGCAUCCUUGUUUCCAACUCCUAUGACUUUAUCAUCAGAAAACAGCGUGAAGUUGGAUAGUUGUUGAUCUGGGACCAGCUUCAGGAUGGACAAUGUCGACUUCCUCAGCCCACAGCACUUCCUGAACUCUUCCUCCUCGUUCCUCUACUCGUCCUCCCUCAGUUCGUGCUUCCCAGGUGUGAGCCCGUCGCAUCCAGCCGUCCUGCUGCCCAGUCCGGCCUCGUCCUCCAGCUCCGACUCGCUGACGGGGAGCGGAGGCGGCGGCGCUGUCACAGAGACCUCGGUGCAGUUCUCACUGCCUCGGACCAACCUGUUUUCAGCUCAGGUCGAGCCGCUGGCGCAGACGCAGACGCAGACCAGGAGGCUGUGUCUGGUGUGUGGAGACCUCUCCUCCGGUUUCCACUACGGAGUGGCGUCCUGUGAGGCCUGCAAGGCCUUCUUCAAGAGGACCGUUCAAGGCAACAUCGAGUACAGCUGUCCGGCAGCGAACGGGUGCGAGAUCACCAAGCGCAGGAGGAAAGCCUGUCAGGCCUGUCGCUUCCAGAAGUGUCUCCAGGCCGGGAUGAUGAGAGAAGGGGUUCGAGUGGACCGGGUCAGAGGAGGACGGCAGAAGUACCGGAGGCAGAUGGAAAGUGGGCUGAGUUUUUCCACCAGAACCUCGUACAGUGAGUCUCCUCCUUAUGAGCUCCUCCGUUCACUGGACUCCGGCUCUUCUUCACCUGCUGCCUCUCUUUUAGGAAACAAGGUGAUUUCCCAGCUGCUGCUGACAGAACCCGCCCCCCCCGCUGCCAGUGGCGAUCAUUCAAGCAGUGAUGGCAGCCUGCAGACCCUCCUGACCCUGUGUGACCUCUUUAACCGGGAGCUGCUGGUUCUGAUUGGCUGGGCCAAACAGAUUCCAGGGUUCUCUGGCCUGUCGCUGCUCGACCAGAUGUCGCUGCUGCAGAGCGGCUGGAUGGAGGCGCUGCUGGUGGGUGUGGCCUGGCGAUCGCAGGGCGCACCUGGACAGGAGCUGGUGUUCGCUGGUAGCCUGCGGCUCAAUGAGGGUCAGUGCCAGGACGCGGGACUGGGAGACUUGUAUGACGCGCUGCAUCAUCUGACGGCCAAGUACCAGGCAAUGAAGCUGAGCCGCGAGGAGGUGGUGGUGAUGAAGGCCAUGGCACUGGCCAACUCUGACGCCGACCCAGUGGACUGUCCCGACUCGGUGCAGAGGUUUCAGGACGAGCUCCAUGAGGCCUUAGUGGAGUACGAGGCGUCGCGCAGGGAGCAGCACCGCGUGGGCCGGCUGCUGAUGAGCCUCCCUCUGCUCCGGCAAAGCGCCCGCACGGCCGUGCAGGCCUUCCUCAGGCUGCACCAGCGCCGCCGCGUCCCACUGCACAAGCUGCUGCUGGAAAUGCUGGACGCCAAGCCGGAACCCAGCGCCGCCUCGGCAGCAGGCUGGAGUUAACGCACUGCUUCCUUUAGGGAGCUGGACUGGUCCAGCCAACACUCAACAGCCCUUUUCUCAAAUAAAAUGUUUACAACCA